GACAAGUUCACCUGAAAAUAUUCUUACACGGUGACCUUCUGCUGAGACUCUGAAGCUGCAUGAAUAAGUGAGCUGCCAUCUUCCUGGGCAGACAAAAACCAGAUAAGGGAGGCUGCAUGUAAUGACCCGACGUGGACUUCAGCCUGCACCCUGAGGCUCCCACCCCAGCACGUGAGAGAGGUCAUGGGAUGUGGACACCGACUCAGAUUCUCGGACCCAAGUCCUUCAACCAUCCUGAACCCCGCAAGACUUCCACUGUAGCCAACAGAAGCUGAGGAAACUCAGCACCUCUAAGAGCAGCUCAGCACCAGAUGUUGACAGACAGUCCUAGUGACCAUGCAGAUGAACCCUUUGUACAUGGUGGACAAGAAGAGCCGAGUGGAAGGGAAGAUGGGGAUCAGAACAAGAACUACCAGGUGGUGAGGAACUGGCUCCAGGGGAGACAGCAAUGGGUUGUGCUGAAAGGAUGGAAUCUCUACUUUUCGCAUGACCAGACCCAAUUAACGGGAGCCGCGGACCAUGAACUGGGGUGUCUUCGAAGGGCUCCUGAGCGGGGUGAACAAGUACUCCACGGCCUUCGGGCGCAUCUGGCUCUCCCUGGUCUUCAUCUUCCGGGUGCUGGUCUACGUGGUGGCGGCAGAGCGGGUGUGGAGCGACGACCACAAGGACUUCGACUGCAACACGCGCCAGCCCGGCUGCUCCAAUGUCUGCUUCGACCACUUCUUCCCCGUCUCCCACAUCCGCCUCUGGGCCCUGCAGCUCAUCCUGGUCACCUGCCCCUCCCUGCUGGUGAUCAUGCACGUGGCCUACCGGGAAGCCAGGGAGCAGAAGCACCGGGAGGUAGCGGGCGAGAACUGCCACCGGCUCUACCCCGACCUCGGCAAGAAGCGGGGAGGGCUGUGGUGGACCUACUUGCUCAGCCUGGUCUUUAAGGCUGCGGUGGACGUGGUUUUCCUCUACAUCUUCUACCGGUUCUACAAGAACUACACCCUCCCCAGCGUGGUGAAGUGCGAGAUCCCCCCGUGCCCCAACAUCGUGGACUGCUUCAUCUCCCGGCCCACGGAGAAGAACAUCUUCACCCUCUUCAUGGUGGUCACGGCCUGCCUCUGCAUCCUGCUGAGCGUGGUGGAGGCCUGCUAUCUGGUGGGGAAACGGUGCCACGAGUCCCUGCUGUCCAGAAGCAAGAGCAGCCGGAGGGAAACCAGGCAGUUCAGGAGCAUCGUUCGUAACAAGGACUGCUCCCUCUCCCACGGCGAGCAGGACAGCUUCGAGACGGGAGGGCAGGUUUUCCACGCGGCGGAUUGCAAGCUAGUCAUGGCUCCAAACACAGCCAGUUCCCAGAUAGGAGACGAUGUUAUCUCCUAAGCAGAGGGAAAGACUUAGGGAGGCUGUCUCUGUGCAGAACGGCCCUCGUUCGAGACCAGCCCUCCUUGUUGGCCAUGCCUAGAUGUCACGAGCCAAGAUCAGACCCGGCCUCUGCUGGCAGCUCUGCUCCUGUCACACGCCCGGGUGUUAAGGACAUUGGGUGCUUCCCCCUGCGUUGCAUUGGUCUGGUGGAAAUAAGUGGACUUGGGCACUUUAGAGAAGAAUGGCCUUGCUAGUCAGCGGGAAGUUCUAUAGGAACCACGGGCUGGAGAGAAGCAAGGGGAAGGGGAAUGUUCAGAGGAGGUUGUGAAGGCCAAGACUAUAACAGGGUUCAAAUGAUAGGUCCAUCAAUGGCUAUUAGCCAGGCUGGGCAGGGAUGGUGUC